AUGGCUCAUUCAGACUGCAAAACGUCAGACAUGGAAGACACGAAACACUGUACUCCGUGCAAAACCAAAGAUAAGAAUACCAAAGCCGAAUAUUACUGUACGGAUUGUGAGGCUUACUAUUGCGAGGAAUGUUUUGAGCUUCAUCCGCCAGUACCUUACCUUGCCAAGGAUAUUGUCUUGAAACAUGAAGAUAUUGCCGUCUGGUCAAGAGAUCAAUAUAAAUGUUCUACACAUGGCAAAAACAUUGAAUUCUUCUGCAGAGAUCAUAAGAUGUUAUGUUGUCAUGUUUGCAUAUCACUAAAACACAGGUCAUGCACCAACAUGGACUAUAUACAAGAAGAAGCAAUGAAACAAUGUUUAGACGACGAUAAAGCAAACAUGAUGAAACAGACCGAAGAGCAACUUCGAAUAAUCGAAUUAAAUUAUGAUAAAGUAAAACAAAAGGCCGAAACUAACCAAGCCUCAAGGACGGAAUAUAUUGUAGAACUGGAAUCAUUUCGCAGUAGAAUAAAGGAAAUGUUUGAUUCGCACAUGGAUAAAGCAGUUGAAGUUACGAAUGAGAAGUUCGAUCAAAACACAAAAAAUUCUGAAAACAUUUAUGAGAAAUUGGUUUGUUUCAAAAAUAGACUGAAAAACCUUAAACAACAGCUAAAAUCAUCUACAAUUGGCAAAGAAGCCCUUGUUUCUAUAAGCCUUCAAAGAGGUGAGGAACUUAUCGAAGAAAUUUCAAAUGAAUUAUCAAGCAUUGAUUUUUCAAUCGAACAGGAAAAAUAUAAACCAGUUAUUGAUGGUACAAUUGAAGAAUAUCUAGAAGGGUUAGAUCAAAUUGCGAUUCCUCAGGACGAAAAGAUGAUGAAGGAAUGUAUUGCAAGUGAAAUAUACACAGAAGAAAUAACAUUCGAUAAUAAUUCAUUUCACGAGAAUAAUGUUACGUUGUUCAUAAGAUCCUUGUCGGCAUUUCCAGGUGUGAAGUCAGACACAAGGUCAUAA